GGGAGCCCGGUGGCCGCUGCCGGGGAUCCGGCAGGGGCGGUCUCUGGGAGCAGGCUGCGGCGCCCUGCCACUCCAGAGAUCGCACCUUACGCAUGCGCUGUGGCUUAGGCCCGUGGGAGUGCUGAGGCGGGCGUUACUCCUGCCGCAGCGGACUCUGUGUCGGCGUCGAUGUUUCUCACCGGUGCCCUGCCUGCUGCCGCGGUGUCCGGUUUCGCUAGGGCAGUCGCCGUGUUUUCUGUCACUCUUGUGCUGUCCGCCCGGCCUCCCCGCUGUGUUCUCAGUAUCUCACCUGCAGCCUCUUGGUCCUGUCUUCAUCCUUUUAACAUGUUCAACAGUUAUAAUACAAAGGUCUUUCACAGCAAAGCUCUCACCUCCCCAUAUCCAAGAUCACGUAUUGAGCGUAGCCAUGUUCCGGAAGAUAAAGUAAGCUGGCUGGUUGAGUGGAAAGAUUAUAAUCCUGUGGAGUACACUGCAGUGUCUAUUUUGGCUGGACCCAGCUGGGCUGAUCCCCAGAUCAAUGAUAAAGGUUUUUCUCCCAAAUUCAAUGAGAGAGAUGGGGAAGUGGAGAGGAGAAGUCUGAAUGGCUUGUACGUGGUGGAAAAUGGGAGGCCCCGAAAUCCAGUGGGAAGAACUGGCCUCACAGGCAGAGGAUUGUUAGGGCGCUGGGGACCAAACCAUGCUGCUGAUCCUGUUGUAACAAGGUGGAAGAGGGAUGGAAGUGGUAAUAAAGUUGCUCAUCCAGUUACUGGCAAAAACAUCUUGCAGUUUGUAGCUAUCCAGAGGAGAGACUGCGGGGAGUGGGCCAUUCCAGGGGGGAUGGUGGACCCAGGAGAGAAGAUUAGUGCUACCUUGAAGCGGGAAUUUGAGGAGGAGGCCUUGAACUCCUUGCAGAAAUCACCAGAGGAGAAAGCAGAGUUGGAGAAGCAACUCCACAAACUGUUCAGAGAGGAACAUUUUGUGGUGUACAGAGGAUACGUGGAUGACCCUCGUAACACUGAUAAUGCCUGGAUGGAGACAGAGGCUGUGAACUACCAUGAUGAAACUGGUGAGGCAUUGGAUAAUUUGCCUCUGGAAGCAGGUGAUGAUGCUGGAAAAGUGAAAUGGGUUGAUAUCAGUGAGAAGCUCAAUCUGUAUGCCAAUCACAGCUACUUCAUUAAGCUUGUGACUGAGAGGUGGGAAGCCCACUGGACUGAGGAACCUGAAUGCCAGGAGUGAUCUGAAUAAAGAACUGAUGGAUACCAAGAAGAGAAUAUGUUUCAAACAAAUGACAUUGUCCUUUUUCAAAGGACAGUUCAGUGAAACCGACAUGAAAUUCAUCUGGCAAAAGCACUUGGCAGUGAUAAGUAGAGUUUUUUUCAGACACUUCAGAUUCCUUCUUUUGAUAUCUCAGCUAUUAUGAAAUGAGUUGAAUGUGGAGCUGUUACCUUGUUUUUCUUUCUUAUCUUCAUUAUUUUCAGCCAUUUCAUAAUAUUUGCAGAAUUGUGUGACAACUCUGAGUUUCUGACUGGUUGCAGUUCAGAGGCUUUUCACCAUAGCUCUCUAUUGUUGCCCUGAUUUCUUGUCAGGAAUAUGAAUCUUUCAAGAGACGUGAGGCUUCUUAGAUGAAAACUUGAAUAAUGACUUAAAUUAAGUGCUGCAUAAUAAAUUGCAUUGUCUUUACUGAA